UUACAACAACACAGACGACUCUUCAUUUUAGGGGAAAUCAAAAUUCUCAUCUGAUCAUGAACCGUAGAACACCAUCGACCAAGGCCAGCGUCAUCGGCCAUCGUCACACAAAACAAACCAGACAUCACGUGAACUCUUCAAUGGGUUCCCCAAAAAUGAGGUUGAAGCUUCUUGUGGACAGAAAAGGCUCUAGAGUGUUGUUUGCAGAAGUAUCAAAAGAGUUUGUGGAUUUCCUUUUCCACAUCUUCUCGUUGCCUUUGGGCACCCUCAUCGAGUUCCUAGGAUCCAACAAGAUGGCGGGUUGCUUAGGAAAGCUCAAAGACAGCAUAGAAAGCUUCAAUAGAAGCUACCUCCAACCUGGCAUCAAAAUGGACGAUAUCUUCAACCCCAAAACAGCUUUUAAUGGUGACACAUUUCUGUUGUGUCAUGAUACUGCUUCUUCAGAUCGAGAUGAUCAGUCCGGUGCAUCCAAAGCAGUUUACAGGUGUGCCAAGGCAGCAGCAGGACAUUGCUAUAGCUGUAGUAACCAACCUUGCCGGUCAAAUGCAACACUGAAUGCGAAUUCAAUAUGUCCCAAUUGCAGUGGUUCAAUGAACGUUAAGAUGACACUCGUAACUCCGCAGGAGGUAGCAGAAACAAAGGAGGUGCAAAGGAAAAGGAAAAGGAAGGGAGGGUAUGUAAAGAAAGUAGUGACGUAUAUGGUGAUGGAUGAUUUAGUAGUGAAACCAAUGUCCACCAUUUCUAGCAUUACUCUCAUUAACAAGUUUGGUGUCAAGGAUCUGAGUCAACUUGAGGAGAAGACUGUUUCUUUUGGAAAAAAGGAGGGUCUGAAGCUGUUAGAGGCAUCUUUGAAGAGCAACAAAGUGCUGACAACUAUCUUUAUGCAUUAGAAUAUUGUUGUGGAUCUGGUUUAUGAAAAUCUUUUGAUGUGUUUUAGUUUGAUGGUGGCAUGGCAUGUAUGUUAGUCCCCCUUGUGGAUUAGAACUAGUUAUCUUCUUUUGCCUACCUUCCAAAUGUAGCGGUGACUAUCAUUUUAAAGACGAAACUUGUGACUUUAUAUGUGUAUAUUAGUUGGUGUUUAUCCUACACGAA